ACAACUGGAAAUCGACGUCAAACCAAACAUGUCAGUCACACAUAAUGGUGGAAGAUGUGUUUUUUAUCUCAGUGAAUAAGUUUGAGGAUGUUUUUUCCAAAAAUGGUUAAUUUCGAACAUCCGAACUCAUUUUGACCUCUGCCUUUAAUCCGUGAUUGACUAUUAACUCAUCUUUGUGUUAAGUAUAUUUAAGAAUGGCGUUUGUGUACAUCGGGCUGUCUGUAGAAUUAUUAAAUUAGUGAUUUGAGCGAGAAGUCUCUCGCCGGUUCCGAAACCAAGAGGGUGGCGGAGGCGUCAGCACAAGAUGGGGGCUCAGCAGGCGAAAGAACGCGGUACGGCCAGCGGCGCGUCCAUGCGUUCGACGAGAAACAAGCCGCGAGUACCCAAGGACCCCCGCAUGCUCGGCUCCAACAUUUUUACCGAACACAGCGAGGCCCUUCUGCAAAGUCGGCCAUUGCCUCACAUCCCCGAUUUGCCGGACGGUGAAGGCACCUCCGCAGCUCCAGCUACGCCGCAACCCCUUGAUGCGAACAGAUGGACCUCUAAAGAAAACUUACUAGCCCACCAUGACGAAGACGAUCCUCAACUAUUUGUUGCACUGUACGAUUUUCAAGCGGGCGGCGAAAAUCAACUUAGUCUCAAGAAAGGAGAACAAGUUCGUAUAAUGAGCUACAAUAAAAGCGGCGAGUGGUGUGAAGCUCACACUUUAUCCGGAGGUGUGGGGUGGGUUCCAAGUAACUAUGUGACGCCGGUAAACUCAUUAGAGAAGCACUCAUGGUACCACGGGCCAAUAUCAAGGAAUGCUGCUGAAUAUUUGCUCUCAUCGGGCAUCAAUGGUAGCUUUCUCGUACGCGAGUCCGAGUCUAGUCCUGGUCAAAGAAGUAUAUCACUCAGAUACGAAGGUCGCGUCUAUCAUUAUCGUAUAAACGAAGACUCGGACGGCAAGGUGUAUGUGACGUCAGAAUCCAAAUUCGGCACCUUGGCCGAGCUUGUUCAUCACCACUCGGUGCUCGGUGACGGUCUUAUAACUCAGCUGUUGUAUCCAGCCCCCAAACGCAACAAGCCAACAGUGUUCCCAUUGGCUCCUCCCGAUGAAUGGGAGAUCGAUCGUACUGAUAUAGUUAUGAAACACAAGCUUGGCGGAGGACAAUACGGGGAUGUAUACGAAGCCACUUGGAAGAGAUGCAAUAUGACGGUGGCGGUGAAAACCUUAAAAGAUGACACGAUGGCCCUAAAAGACUUCCUUGAGGAGGCGGCCAUAAUGAAGGAGAUGCGUCACCCGAAUCUGGUUCAACUGCUGGGCGUUUGUACCAGAGAACCUCCUUUUUACAUUAUCACGGAGUUCAUGAGCCGUGGCAACCUCCUGGACUAUCUCCGUACUGGGAACCGUGAACACAUCGACGCUGUGGUUCUCAUGUACAUGGCCACACAAAUUGCAUCCGGAAUGAGCUAUUUGGAAAGCCGCUCGUUUAUACACAGGGAUCUGGCAGCGAGGAACUGCCUCGUCGGCGAGAAUCAUCUCGUUAAAGUGGCUGACUUUGGUCUUGCUCGUCUCAUGCGUGACGAUACGUACACGGCCCACGCUGGUGCCAAGUUCCCGAUCAAAUGGACAGCCCCUGAGGGCCUGGCCUACAACACUUUCAGUACCAAGUCUGAUGUAUGGGCCUUCGGAAUACUUCUAUGGGAGAUAGCCACAUACGGCAUGUCGCCGUACCCCGGCGUUGAUCUGGCAGAUGUGUAUCACAUGCUAGAGAAGGGCUAUCGUAUGGAGUGUCCGCCCGGUUGUCCCGCUGCCGUCUACGAGUUAAUGAGAGGGUGCUGGCAGUGGAGCCCCUCGGACCGACCCUCCUUCCGCGAGAUACAUCACGCGCUCGAGCACAUGUUCCAGGAUAACUCCAUCACCGAAGAAGUGGAGAAGCAGCUUCAAGAGGGUGUGUGUGCUACACCACAGAUGUCUCUGAAGAAGGGAGGAACAGGCGGCGAUAGGGUUCAAAUGAGAAGGCCAACCAACCGCCGCGGGAAACAGGCGCCCACGCCGCCUAAGAGAACCAGUCUCUUGUCAUCGUGCAGUUCGUUCCGCGAGUCUCAGUACGCUGCUGAGGAUCAAGCUGGGCCUGACGACGGGCUAGCUUCCCUUAACGGCGGGGGUCGUGGUGGGGGUCGCGAGGCUUCAUCCGAGGGUUCCCUUGCGGAAGCAACCCCGGAUACAGAUGAGUCGGGGGCCGGUAUGGGGGUCGCCGAACACCGACACAGAUCAAAAAGAAGACACGCACACGCUCCGAUCCAACACCAACACCCGCCCGCACACGAACUGCAGCCCAAGCAAGGGGUGCAAGUAGCUGCACUUGAAGUGCAAAAUGUAAAGCGCGCCAUCAAUAGAUAUGGAACACUGCCGAAAGGGGCACGGAUAGGUGCUUACUUAGAGUCUCUGAGGCAGAGCGGUGGUACGCCAUGUGUUAUACGAGAACCUCAAGACGAAGCUCGAUCUCUAUCACCCCGUACCGCUCGUGCUCAGCCGCACAUGAUACGUUCCAAUUCAUCAGGCGGGGUGACUGCGCCGGCGCCGGCCUCACCACGUGCAGCCCGCGCUCCUCCCCCCCUUCGCUCAUUCAACAGUCCGGCGAAACCACGACCGAGGCUAGCUGAACUAGAGUUCCCACCGCCACCGCCAGACCUACCACCACCCCCAGAAGAUACACAACCUCCGCCACCACCUCCGCCACCCGAUUGUUGUACGGAAACAAAUGAUACUGAUGAUACUAUUAUACAGGAACGAGAGAGCGAAGUUAAACCCGCAAAGCAAAUCAUGAAGGAGAUGCUCGAACUGAAAUUAGUUGCAGAAAUCAAAGAGAGGGCAGAUAAAAAAUUAAGCAAACUAAAGGAAUCACCGCCGCCGAAUGAAGUUAUGGAAAUGCAUACAUCUUUCGGAGACCCCGUGACUCGUUUAGUUUCCGAGCUCUCCGAAAGUUUAAAUAUGGAAGCUUUGCGUAAACAAGAGAAGAAGAUUGAACAACCGAAACCAAUUGAUAAUGGCAAGGAAACCAUAUCUCCUAUUGAUCUCAAGGCUAGUUUACGAAAGACGUCCUUUGGAAACAACGUUGAAAAGAAAACCGAACCAGAGACAAAAACUGAUUUCAAAUCACAAUUAAAAAAAGUUGACACAAAUAGAAUGUGUAUUACUAGUAAGGACUCAGAGGAGCCCGGUCGCUCAAUAAUUGACUUUAAGUCCCGAUUGCGGAAAGUUGAAGGCAACUGUCCUGCUACAAACGGCACAUCCAAAAAGUUGGAACAAUGUUCCCCGGAAGAUUCAAGAAAAGAUAUAUCUAGCAAGAGUGAUGAAUCAGACAAGAAACGUCCAGAAAGCGCAUCAUUAGACACCAGCGGCGGCGACGACGAAGACAAAAGACGAAGCACUGGAAGCAUCAGUAGCUUAAAAAAAUUAUGGGAGAGUAAGGAGAGUGAUGAAAGACUCAGUCCAAAAAUGAGACCAAAAGGGGAAGAGAGUGAAGAAGGUUCCCCAGAAGAAAGGAGUGCGCUCGGCAGAAGCGGAAGCAUCCUAGCAAGAAGAGAUGACAAGCCAACUGUGGCUAAUAAGCCUGCAGUACGCGCACGACCUUUAGGAAAGGGUGGCAUCUAUGCGACUCCUUUAGCACCGACGACAUCCGACGAUGACGGAGAUGCACUUGCCGCUCUCCGGACAUUACUAGAGUGCUGCACUAACGAGGUUCGCCGAGGCUGUAGCGGUACAGCUGGCGGCCGUGGGUCUUUAUGGCGUCUCCAGACCUCCGAGCGCCUCGCACGUCUGAGUGGUGCUUGUGCGACAGCAGCCGGUAGUUGUGCGCCGCAGUUACGGCUGCAGCUGCGGGCUGUCGCUGCCCGACUAGAGGCUGAGGCGCGCGCCCUUGCCUCGCCCGCUCCCCACCACCACCACCUCGCUGACGGCGUCGAGAAAGCACUCAAAGAUCUCGCUACUAUCGUACAUAGAUAAACGAAGCGAAUUCCCGCGAUUGAUUCUCCACUGUGGUGAUGCACCUUCGCCACGACAAACCAGACGUCGACGUCUACGCUUCUAUCACAACUACAUACAUUUGACACAUUAAACCCAAUUUCGCUUACUUGAUGUUCAACAGACACAGUAUGAUUGCAUUGAAUGUACCACCGUAUACGACUCCCUUUUAUACAUAACGAAGAUAACUAGCUACUCAUUAUUUAUUAUUACUAACGAAAACAAGCCAAAGAUGUUAACAGAUUGCUUCAGAUUUUUCCACGUUAUUUCAUCACCAACAAUCACUAUUGCUUCAAUUAUAUUAGUUUAACGAAUGAUCUAUUAUAUUUAUUUAAUGUUUAGUACAAAAUGCAAAAAAAUUGUCACAAAGUAAAACGUACGUGAGAUUUACUGAAAAGUACAAUCAUAUAUCCGGUGUAACAGUGCUAUUGUAUAUUUGUGAGACAAAUAUUUCUUAUAUCAUUAAGACUGAGAAUAUCAAAAUAUUUUUGGGAUGUAUUCAUGUCUCUGAAUAGUAUUUGUUGAAUGUAUUAAAGAAUAUCUCUUACUUGUAAGAUAAGGCCAGUACGGCGUUGGGAUUUUUCUUAACAAAAUGUAAACAAACACCUCUUCACACGAUGACUUAAUGUUUAAUAGUAAUAGUUGUUAGUUUUUGUUUUCAGUGCCAAAUAAAUAAUGUGUUUGUGACGUAAAAGAAACAUGGUCACACCAGCAUUAAAGGUUGCCGGUACCAAUUUGAGGCGCCAGAAAGCUAUGGAAUCAACCCAUUAUUUAAUAGUUACACUUAUUAGGUGUUAGUUGACAUGUUAUAUACUCGAGAUAUAGUGAGUGUUGUAGCUGUAAUUAUCUUAAUCGGGGGACGCCUGUAGCCAGAUCUUCUUCAACUUCUUGUACAAAAUACCGCUACACGGCGCUCUCGAUCCCCAUAUACAUUCCUAGCGAUAUCUAUCUACUUAACAGUAUCAUAUACCGCAUUUAAUCGAUUAUAUAAAAUAAGUCUCUUUCCAUUCGGACCAAUAAGAACGCAUUUUAUUUUUGCCUAUUUUUUGACAAAAAGGCGCAAUUAAUGUCCCAUUUCAGGAGACAAUGGCACUUCUGCGCUUAAGACUGAAACUGAAAUCGGUUCGUUUCAGGCCUAUAAUAUUUUUUUAUAUCUUAAAAUUAUAUGUCACAAGGAACUGGAUAAAGUUACGAACCGAUAUUCCAAUGCGAAUUCAUUUGUUUUAAUCGAUUGAUUCAUUUCGUUUAAGAAUUCGAUUGAAAUGAAAUUAUCUGUGACUUUAUUGUUUAAGUUAGCCUACUGUGAUACGGCAUCUAGAAAUUUCUAUAAUUAUGCUCAACGUAUUUUCUUUUUUAUAAUAUGUAUUAUCAUAAAAUAAAUGAAAUUCAUGAGUUUAUAUUAUAUACUAUACUAUACUUUGACUAAGAUCGUUAUCGAUCAGUAGGUAACAAACCAUUUAUAUUGAAAGUUAUUUAAGAAUUACACUUUGAUAUAUGCUAGUCUUUUUUAUUAUAAUUAAUGUAUUACUUCUGUAAGAAUAAAAUAUAUACGUAAGUUCUCUUAAAUAGAUUUGCGUACAAUUCUUCAUACUAUUUUAAUAAUCAUUAUAUGAAUAAGUAUUUUGUAUUAGACGGAGGACAUUUUAUUCAACUGAAAAAUACAUUUUAUUUAGGGGACACGUUUGGUGUUCCCGUUUCGUAAUGUUACCUCCAAGGCUCUGUAGAUAUAGCUUAUCAUUUAGAGGCGACGCUUAACCUAGCUGAAGGGCGUAGUUCAUUGUAUUGGAACGUUUACGUGUCUUUCACUCUGAAUGAGUUCACUCUAAAACAGCACAGCAAUCGAUGGGCCUCGGUGGCAUGCUCAAGUUGAAACGAAUUUAUAGUGGGCAGUACAGGGAUCGUUAACAGGUGUCGCGUGAGACGUCUUCUAGCUGGAGGUUAAAGACGUCUAAAAGACAAAAAUCAUGAAAUAGCAUUUGGACGGAGACAAAAAAGUAAUGUGCCAUCAUUUAAAGCAAAAUUAUUUUAAAGAACGCUUUACUAAAUCACGCCUUAAGACUUUGUAAGAAUGGAAUUUUAAACUGCAUUCAGAGUGUUGGCACUUAUAUGCUGUCUUAUAAUAGUCAUGUAUUUAACUCACCGUUGUUUAAAUGAUAUUAUACUAUGUAAAUCCUCAUUUCCUUACUCAUUAGCUAAUUUAUAUGAGGAUAUUUUGAACUCGCUUGGAUUAAUGUAUGCCAUGCUAUUUAAUGUUAUAUCUGUGUACCUUUGUCCCUUACCGAGAACUUCCUAUGCUUGCAGAUAGUUUUUGUCCCUCGACCCUACCGCCCUGUUUCCCUUUUGAUUUAUAUGUAGUAGAACCCAAAGAUAGACAUUGAUUACAUUCUGAUGUCCCACUGUAAUGGAUUUAAUAAAAUGUUUCUUUAUGAA